CAAUUCUUUGGAUUUCGGAAUAGUGUGGAUUUGCACGUAGUGCAAAUUCAGCAAAAAUAAUUGUAGUUGAUUGCAUUUCUCAUAACGUGGUACGACUUCCUUAAAGUUAAAGGUCCCUAUGUAGUAUGUAAGCCAGACGGCAGUGCAACUAAAAUACAGCAAUUAUAAAAUUUCAUGCAACAAUAAAUGUCAUUCAACAUUCAUCUCGAAUAAAAUGGAUCAGGAAAAUUUGUCAACUGUUCAGUCGUUGUCAACAAAUUUUGAUAACUGCAUGACCAUCGGCAAUCCAUCGUCAAAUGAUAAUGCCAAAAACCUUCUUUAUUCUAAACCUAGGCAACUAACCGACGAUGAUUGCACAAAACUUGAACUUCAAGAUAAAAGAGGAUUAUUGUCGUCUUUUAUAAAUGCGAAGCUAGAAAAAGAGGCAGCUGCCAACUGGGACAAAUUCUAUAAAAGAAACGAAACUCGUUUCUUCAAAGACCGGCACUGGACCAUUCGAGAGUUUUCAGAGUUACUAGGAUUGCCUGAAAACGAUUCCUCUAUUACACCAGCCAAAAAACGUUUGCUCCUGGAGACAGGCUGUGGAGUUGGAAAUUUUUUCUACCCCCUGCUUGAAUCUGGCCUUAACUUGAAAGUUUAUGCUUGUGACUUUUCUGCUCGGGCUAUUGACCUCAUCAAGCAGCAUGAACAAUAUGACUCGGAAAACAUUGUGGCCUUUGUUGCUGACCUUACACAGGAAAGUUGCUUAUCACCGCACAUACCUGAGAGAAGUAUAGACCUGGUGACAUGCGUGUUUGUGCUGUCAGCCAUCAGUCCCUCACAUCAUGGCUUCGUGGCUGCUAAUGUGGCAAGCGUCUGUCAUCAUGGCUCUGUGCUGCUCUUCAGAGACUAUGCCGUCAAUGACAUGGCAAUGAUCCGCUUCAAACCUGGGUCAAAAAUUUCCCAUCGCUUCUAUGUCAGGCAAGAUGGCACCAGGGCAUACUACUUUACGCUGGAAGAAGUGGUGAAGCUUUUUGCUGACUAUGGAUUCCGAUGUACGGAGGGUGGAUACCUUCACCGCCGCACCACUAACAUCAAGGAGGGCAUUGAUGCCCCACGAGUGUUUCUGCAAGCCAAGUUUGUUUAUGAACGCCCCUAGAGUGCAGAGGUCUUCUACUUGGAUCCAACCUCAACCUAGAUGCACAAAUAUGCUGCCGCUGUCACGUACGUCAAGGACGGAGCCUAGACCUCCAAUAAGGCUGUGAGAUUUCAAGAAGAAUGUCGACAACUUUUUGGUCGUCCUGAAACACAGCCACAUUUACUUAUUGCAUCAACUGCUAGUCUCUUCAUCAUUUCAUAUUGUUUAUUAUCUCCAUUUUUGAGGAAAGUAAGCCAUAAUUUUCCUUACCAUUCUCAUUGGUUAAAAUUGCGAUUCAUCUACUCAAAAUUCUAUAGCAUGUAUUAAAUAUCAUGUAGAACAUCGCUUUGCCUAGCGCCGCCCGAGAUAGUGCUGGGGAUGCUCGGCACUUCACCUCCACAAUGAGAGCGAAUUCUCUGCAAAGCAAUAAAGUAAUUAUAGUUUCCUGUUGAAUAUUUGUUUUCGCUCGAACUCGAUAGAGCAGUUUUUCUGUUCAUCUGAAUUGCAUAAUUCUUAACCCGCGUUAACUUUCAUCUAAUUUAAUCAUCGAUUGUCUUUAUGUAGACGUAUUUUUGAAGACAUGGGUUGAUUUUUA